GUGUAGCUGAAAAGAACAGAUCAAUAUAGAAGUUCGUGGAUUUUCUUACGAUAAAAUAAUUUUAUGAAUAUGACGUAUCCACAUUUAUAUCAGCAAGAAUUUAUCGAUUUGGCCGAAAUAGUGGGAAUUUCUGCUGCACCACGUAUAUUUCGGAUAUUGUUAGACUUACUGGCAUUACCAGCAUCUCCAGAAGAUAUUUAUACUCUUCUGAAAACGUUGUCGCAGUCUCCAAAUCGGCUAAUAACUAAUGAUGAAAGGACACACAUGUUUACACCACCUGUCAAAAAAUAGUAUUUUUUAUGUAUUAGAUGUACUAAUUUAAUAAUAGAUGCUAUUAAUUAUAUAAUAAGGAAGAAUUUAUUGAAAGAAAUAGCGAACAAAUAGUUUGUAAUCUAUAAUUGAAUUUAAUAAAUGAAAUGUUGGUACUCAA